UAUGCUUUAAAGUUGAAACAAAAUUGUAGCAAAAAAAAGUUGAAACAAGUAAGUUUAAAAUUGAAGAAUAAAAUUUAGGGAUAUUUUCUUCUAAAUUUGGAGAAUGAAAAGAAUGGUACUCCUAUGAACCGUGCAAUAUUUAUGGAAACACACUCUCGAUGAUUUCUUCUAUGUCUAUCGGUAGUAAUGAUCGAUUGAUAGCACUCUUAGUUCUGUUACUGAUACCAACAGUUCUUGGUUGGGGGAAAGAGGGACACUAUGUGGUUUGUAAAAUUACACAGGAGUAUCUUAGUGAAGAUGCUCUUUUUGCAGUGAAACAACUGCUUCCAGAUUCUGCUCAUGGCGAUCUUGCUGCACUUUGCUCUUGGCCUGAUGAAAUUCGCUUCCAUUAUCAUUGGAGUAGUGCUUUGCAUUAUGCUGAUACACCUGAUUUCUUGUGUAAUUAUCAAUACUGCAGAGAUUGUCAUGAUUCUUAUGGACGGAAGCAUAGGUGUGUUACUGGAGCAAUUCACAAUUAUACGAUGCAAUUAAAAUUAGCUUAUGCGGAAGGUUCAUCUAAAUUUAACUGUGAGUAUAAUUUGACAGAGGCACUUUUGUUCUUGUCACAUUUUGUUGGGGAUGUACAUCAGCCCCUACAUGUUGGUUUUACCGGAGACCUAGGUGGAAACUCGAUAACAGUUCGUUGGUACAGGAGGAAAACAAAUCUUCAUCAUGUAUGGGAUAACAUGAUUAUUGAGUCUGCUCUGAAAAUGUUCUAUGGCUCAGAUCUUUCAACUAUGAUACAGGCUAUUCAACGGAAUAUUACUGAUAUUUGGUCAAAUGAUGUAUCUAUUUGGGAACAUUGUGCACACAACUACACAGCAUGUCCAGAUUGGUAUGCUUCUGAGAGCGUUAGCUUGGCAUGCAAGUUUGCGUAUAGGAAUGCUACACCGGGAAGCACUUUAAAAGAUGAGUACUUCCUUUCUCGACUGCCUAUUGUGGAGAAAAGGCUGGCUCAAGGUGGUGUGCGACUUGCAGCUAUUCUCAACCGCAUUUUUACUUCCAAGACUGGAAUAGCUCAAGCAUGACAAAUUCAGUACAUAUUAUGAUUAAAAAAAAAAAGCAAAAUACAUGUGGACCUGCAUCAGUCUACGAAUCUCGUAUGGACUUGAGAAAAUACAUUACCACCGAAUAUACUAUAAUACAAUUCUUUUCUUAUCUUCAAAUUUAGACACGUUACUUUUUUUAA